AAAUUUGAAUUUAAUUGAAAUUGAAAAUAAUAUAAAGCACAACAUAUAUAAAUUUGUAUAUAUUGCAUACAAUGUAUUUCUCUACCCAGUGCCACAGAAGUGUUUUUGAACAGAAAUGCGGAAACAAUGAUUUAAAAUAAAAAAAAACAACAAAACACAACAUAAUCAACAGACAAAAAUAAAAACGUAAUACGAAUACAAAAGAAACUGAGCGGCAAGAGACUUGAGUCGCUGCGAAAGAGCGAGCGAGUGAGAGAGUGAGUGAGCGAGCGAGCAAGUUGUAGAUAAGCCCAAGAGCGUCUAGCAUUUGCUGAUUAAAAAUGUGUGUCAAAAUAUCAGAGACUGUGAACAUUGUUGAACAUGCCCGACAAUGAAAAGUCUCUGCACAUUUCAGUGCACGUGUAAUCCGUCUAUCUAAUUAGGGUCUAUUUUAGUUCUAAUUUCAUUUCGGUGCGCUAGUAAUUGCAAUAAAAAGCGGACAAUGACGUCACAAGUGUAGAAGAAUCGAAUGCCAACAACAGGCAGGCAGCGGCAACAGCACAAUAAACAAAACACAAUAACUUACAACAACAUACACAUACAUUUGCAAAAAGUCGCACUUGUCCCAACGCUGACGCUGACGCAGUCGUCGACGUCGACGCAGCUGCAGACGUUAACGUUGACGGCGCUAAUUCAAAUCCCACGCGCAAUUCAAAGACACAAGCACUGCAAGCGAAAAACAUAGACGGGCAAAAUGCACGGCGUUAAGCGUGUUCUAGUGUUUUGCAUCAUGAUUGUGAUAUUGCCGGCCACUCUGAUCAUAAUGCCACUGUACCUGCGGAAGACCGUAUUUGCCGAUGUCAUCUAUCCGGUGGCCGAGUCGGAUAUAAUUGAGAUACGGGAUGGCAUUUCGUCGAUAUUCUGUGCUCAGCACACGCUGCAGAUGGACAGCAACUUCAAUGCCUUUCAGUUGCGGAAUAAGCCCGAAAUUUCGACCAGUCGCAAACAUAUACGACUGAAGAAGUCGAUGACACUGCCCGAUGAUACGCUGGAGUAUUGGGGCUUCUUUCUGCUGAAGGGGGCGCGUGUGAGCCUGAAGUUUUGCUCCCGCUACGACGGCUCACGGAUUCUGGUGGUGAAGGGUCAGCGUGAACUGAAACUUUGCGGCCUCACGGAUCAUAACAAGAACAAGCUGGGCGCCAACUAUGCGCAGGGACAUGACCAGGUGAAGGUCUUCUUCGAGGAUGUGGUGGAAAUAACUGAGGAAAAGGUGGAAAAGGAUGGCUUGCCAGAGCACGAGAAUCACGGCGGUGAGGAUUUGACGGAUGAUGAUGCAGUGAAGCCAUCAGCUGGGAAUGCCACAACAACGACGACGUCGUCGCCACCAACGAAACGCUAUCGCAAGAAACUGAAAAAAGGCACCGUCUAUCAGCCCAAGUCGACAGAGAUCGACAGCAGCAAUACGUCGGCGCCAGCCUCCUCCUAUAAUAGGCAAAGGCGACACGAGGACGCCACGCAUGCGCAGCGCAAGAGGCAGCUGUACGAUGAACUCUACAAGCGGCACGAGCGGCAGAAGCGCGAGAAUGUCUACGAUCGGCGCUACAGUCAUGGCGGCAAUGCGGUCAACUUUACGGAAACCGACGAAUCCAAUUCCAUAUCCAGUUUCGAGAACGGUCUCUUCGAGUGCUUCAACGGCGCCAUAUUGUUGGCCGAGGGCUUUCCGCCCAGUCCCGCCUGCACGAAUGCCCAUUUCCUGGAGAAUGGCUCGCAUCGUAUGAUUAGCAAGCACGAGAUAGCCGAGGACGGCUACUACUAUUAUAUUUUCUACAGUGACAACGAUCUGGUGCGCAACGACAUCCAUGCCAUAUUCGAUAUAUAUAAGCCGACGUUUCAGUACUCGAAUCUGAGCGAUUCCCAGGGCUGUCUCAAUGCCACCCAUUGCACCUUUCCCAUCGGCUUUCUCUCCGACGAGAUUGUGGUGGUCGAGGUGCCCACUCGGGAUGGCAUCGAGCAUGAGGAGGACGAUAUUACCAAUCUAAUCUCAACCUGCCAUCCACGCAGCGAAAUCUAUGCAUUGUUUCCCAUCACCGUCCUCAUCCUCAUCCUGUGCUGUUCCUUCUUAUAGGGGUUUCACGGGUUUUACGAGAUAUUGCAGUAGAGGCUGGGAAAUUUGUGAUAUUUUCUUUUGUACGCAGGCAACUGAGUGAUAAAUGUAUUAAAUAAUAAUAAAAAUGCCAAUCGGCCAACCGAUAAUUGUUGAACAACAAGUGCUCCAGAGCUUCGACUUUGAGAUAAAAAAAAUAAAAUAAAACCCAUAUGCUUAAUAAAAAGUCUGAACCAUGCGUAACCGAAGCACUGAACAUAAAUGACUUUUGUGUGUAAUCGAUAGGCAAUAUUAACUGUAAAAUAACCGAAACGACUCAUUUGUGCGUCCUACUAUCUGUUUCUUAAUUAUGGACGAGUUAAAAGCAUUUAAGGCGCUUUACAAUAAUGUAUAUAGACUGUAAGAUAGUUACGUUUACUUAAAUAGAAAUAAUUCAAUUCUAGACUUAAUAAUAAAUUGUUCAUUGAAGAACAAAAUAAUGCAGUUUAUGAUUCACAAAAUAUAGAAACUGGUCCGCUAUACUUAAAUAUAUGGGUUAUUAAACGAAAUAACCAGAGAGCCAUUCAAUUAGUUUUGAAAAUUAAAUAAAAUAUGUAUACGAGUGGUAGAUUUAUGUUUAAUAAUCAAUUAACAUCGCCACUAAUUGAGCAAUAAAAAAUGUAAUUUAGACAUUAUUUGAGCGACUGAGUGAAUUUUUGUAAUGCCUUGUUAAACACAAUUGAAAACAACAACACGUGUAAUUGCGCUUCUGCAACGAAAUGAAAUAGCAACAAAUUUAUGUUAUUAUGUUUGUUUUACUCAUUUUAGUUAAUUCACACGCACUCUAUUUGUUUGCUGUGUGACUCUCUAAGCUUGAUUAUCUGCUAUGUAUUUUAAUAUAUGUAUAUGUGCAUAUAGUACUAUAAGUGGGAAAAUAAACACCGGCAUUGUCGUCAGGAGGUAAACAAAUUGAUUUAAGUGUAGAAUGCGAAAUUACUGAAGCCAUCAUCAAUACAACAACAGAAGUGCCUUAUUCAAAAUAAUAAUCUACAUAAUUGAUACGAAUUCAAAUGUAAACAAUAAAUAGAGCAUAAUAAAGUACUUAUUUCAAACACGA